AUGGCUACAAGUGGACUGUACAAGAUGGGUGACGGAAGCAGCUAUGCAACCAACUGCUUCCCUGCCAGGAGCAUCUUGGGCACGAGUAAAGAAGGUGACGUUUCUUUGAGGGCUGGGCACUGGCUGCUGGCACGUGGAGCACCCCGGAGGUCCUGGAAUAAGCAGGGAGUCCCUGGGGAGAUGCCCAAGCAGAGGAGGAAGCCCCAAAAUUUGGCCACUGCAGAAGAGGACAAGGUCCUAGAUGAGCCGUUUCUGAUGAAGCAUCACUGUUUGAAGAACCCUUCUGACUUGUGCUCUGCGAAUAUAAGCAACCAGAAUCUGGUCUCGGCUAAAGAAGAUGAUUUUGAGAAAUUUGACUGUGUCGCUUUUAUAAAUGCUGCAGAGAACCUGCUGACGUUAGAGGCGUUUCGGAAGUUUCCAGGACUGCGGGAGCUGGAACUUUCCUUGAAUGGACUAAGGAAUCUGAAAAUUACUGCUGGAGACUUCCUGCGUUUGGAAGAUCUGGACCUCUCCUACAAUAACUUGUCCCCUGAGGAUAUCUGGACAUUGGGAGAAUUGUCCCAACUCAAGGUCCUUCGCUUGACGGCCAACGGGCUUCGGUCGCUGCCUCCUGACCUGGCGGGCUCGUGGGACUCCGCUCACUUGAGGUUUCCAUCUCUUGAGGUCUUGCUGCUGGAUGACAACUGCCUGUCGGAGCCGGGCGUCUUUGUGACCCUCGCGGACCUCUCCAGUCUGAGGGAGCUGAAUCUGGACAGGAACGAGAUUUCCGCCGUCCCCUACCUGCAGCAAGCAGAGAGCACCCACUUCUUCCUGCACCCGGCGCUGGACGGCGACRGCUUCAGGGCAGAGUGGUACAAGGCCCUGAGCGGCCUCGGGCAGCGGCGGCACCGGGAUGCGGAGGGGCCAGCCGAGCGGCCCCAACACGGCAUGUCCCAAAGCACCGGGGGUCCCGAGUACGCAGAGGUCGUUUUGGAUUCUGGCUCUCAGGAACUCCUGGGGCCGGCUGUUCUCCAGGAGGGAUAUCCAGCCUYCUCGAAGGCUCUGCCCACUCCCACCACAGGCAGACACAUUUGUGCUCCCUUUCCAGAGCUGCAGCAUCUCAGCUUGGCCUUCAACAAGAUUGAAGAGGAGGCAGAUCUCCUACCUGUGGCUUUCUUCCCGUGCCUGAAGGAGCUGACSUUCCACGGAAACCCUCUCACCACCUCCAGGAGCGGGCAGCCUCCUCUGCUGACGAGGCUCCUGCAGGAAAAUUUGGGGAUUAAGCUUGUUCGCCAGAGGGUAGUCGUGGAGAGGCUGCACUUCACCAUUCCUCUCAAGGCCAGUCGCAAGGUCUCGUCCCGUCUCCCAAAGGUCACGAAGGCGCCGCUGAUGCUGGAAGCUCCUGCUGGGACCUUUCCAUGGAAAGCCGGGAGAGGAGCUGCGGCUCUGAGUCCAUCUAAGCCUCUGCCUCCCAUCGGAGCAUCCACGGAGCAGAGAGAAGGGUCUUGUGAAGAGCAAGAGGAGGCCGGGAAAGGCCCGGGGCAACCUGCUCCACCUCAGCCCCUUCUCCCGCACAGCUCCGCUCCGGCAGCGGGAAUGGGGAAAGCUCCUGCAGGUGCUGAGCAUGGCCAAGACAGGGAAGGGACCCCUGGGCCUCAUCCAGGUGGAGCCCAAGAGGCCGUUGGAUCCUUCUUCUUGACGCAGGUGGAGGAUGUGGCCAGGYCCCCGCUGCGCCCUGAGGCAGAGGACGGUCUGGAGAGGAAGAGGAGCGAGCAGAGGGAAGGAGGAASCUCCCCAGCUGUUCCCGAGCGCUACAGAGGCUACGAGGAGCUUCUUGGUGGAGACGUGGACCCGGAUUUCAUUGAGCCGGUUGGGAUACAGAGGAACGUCCAGGCGCUGACCCAGCUCCUGAAGCACCCGCGGGUUUAUCGGGACUCCGCGCCGCGGCUCCACAGCGGGCAGAAGCCCUACGUGCCUCGGAAAAAGUCUGGGAAGAUGCCGGGUCCUCCGCCCCGAAGGACRAAAGCAGAGGUGCUGGAAGGGCUCCUGAUGGCCAUGCGAAGCACCCCAGCCGUCACUGAGGUGCCCCUAGUGUCCGUUCUGCGAGGGAAAAAAUCCAACCCCAAAGCCUAUCGGGAGGCCCUGAGGCUACUGAGGGACUUCCAGGAGGAGGUGGCCAAGGGUCCUGUCCACGUGGAGGAGCGCGCCCCGGGUCAGACCAGCUCCGUGGAUGAGAUGCAGGUCAUGAAAGCCCUGCUGGUGGAGGCGGCUUCCACGCAGUGGAGCCCCAAACAGCUCCGACCACCGAGGGAAAAGGUGACCAAGAAGCUCCUCAAGGUGAAGUUUGCAGCGUAG